GGACUCUACCGCCUCCGUCACCGUCACCAUGGCUGGCUCUUCUCUUCCCGUUGCCAACCCCACAAUUUCGUUCUGGGGAGCAGCGGCACACAGGCUGGCCGACUACCGGUCAACCUCAGAGCUGCCCCCACAAGUCGACAUCGCCGUCAUUGGCGCGGGCUACGCAGGCGUCUCCACCGUGCACCACAUCCUCAAUUCUUGCAAGAGUCAGGGCACGUCGCCACCGCGCAUUGCCAUCUUCGAAGCUCGGCAAGCGUGCUCCGGCGCCACCGCACGAAAUGGCGGCCAUCUGAAGCCGGAUAUCUACAGCGGCCCAGCCAACCUCGCCGUCUCCCACGGCGUCGAUGCCGCCGCAGAAGUCGCCAGCUUCGAGGUGCGCAACCUGGCGGCGGUGAAGCGGACCAUCGAGGACAACAAGAUCGACUGCGAUUUCGUCUACACGCGAGCCGUCGACGUCUUCAUGACCGAUGAGACCGCGGCCCAGGCAAAGUCUAAAAUCGACUUGCUCCGAAACAAUGCCAACCUAACCAUAGCCGAUCUGUACUUUGUAGAAGGUCCCGACUCCGAAAGGCUAUCAGGGGUCAAGGGGGCUAAAGCAUGUGCUACUUUCUCGGCCGGACAUUUAUUCCCACGCAAGCUCAUCCUCGACCUACUCACGAGGACACUCGACGCGGGCGUGAACCUGCAAACCCACACACCAGUCACGGGUGUCAGCAAAACGACCGACACGGACGGUUACGUGACCAUCACGACACCACGGGGCCAGAUGCGGGCCCGGAACGUCAUCUUCGCGACCAACGGCUACACCAACGCGCUGCUGCCCGAGUUCGCGGACAAGAUUAUCGCGGCGCGGGGGAUAUGUAGCCACAUUCGCCCGGCGCGGGCGGUGGCGGCACCGGCGCUGCGCACGUCGUACAUGAUACGCUGGUCCGACACCAACUACGAGUACCUGAUCCCGCGGCUGGACGGUAGUAUCGUCGUCGGCGGCGCGCGGUCCGAGUUCUUCCACGACUUGCCGAGCUGGUACAACAACGCGAACGACGAUGCCCUGAUCGAGUCGGCCCGGCACUACUUUGAUGGGUUCAUGCAGCGCGUUUUCCACGGGUGGGAGGAUAGCGGGGCAAAGGUGGAUAGAAUAUGGACCGGCAUCAUGGGGUACACGAGCGACUCGCUGCCGUUCGUUGGCAAGAUUCCCGGCCGGAAGAACCAGUACAUUCUGGCCGGGUUCAACGGACACGGCAUGCCGCAGGUGUUCCUGGCCGCCAAGGGCAUCGCGGCUAUGGUGGUGGACAAGGCCGGCUUCGGGGACGUGGACAUCCCUGCCAUCUUUGAGAUCACGCAGGCCAGGCUGGACAGCACUGGCAACAAUGUGCUGGAGAAUUGGAGGAAGGCGCAGAAGACGUUUGAGGCGAGGAGGGCCCGUCUGUAGACUUUUGACAGAGCACGUGCCGAGGAAGUCAACCUUGGUAAUACGACUGUUGUAGUCGUCCAAGGCAGACGCUCAUAAGAGCCCAAGAACAAUCCCGGGCGUAACAGUCCAUACAACACAGUACGAUCCAAACGCGUCAGUUUAUGAAAUAUUACUUUGUAUCCGUCCCCACGGGGGUGGGGGUGUUAAGGAGACGACUAAAA